ACACACACACACACACACACACACACACACACACACACACACACACACAGAGCAGUAGCUACGUCACACAUCGGGAAUGCAGUGAGGAGCUGCUGCUGCUGCUAAAGGCCUCAGGAUCCGUCACAAAAUGAGACUGAAGGGAAGAGGAGAGUCACUGUAAAGGUAACGUUACUGUAAAAGGUAGGACAUGCUAAUAGGUUGCUAAUGAUUUGAGAUACUGUGUACGGGCAUAGCUUGUAUCCUAUUUCAUUACCUAUGUUGACUUAGGUCCUGUUUUCUUCCUGUUAUUUUGUUCAGUUUAACUAGCACAUAUCGCUACAUUAAGCUGCAUUGUGUCAAACAUGGUAAGCUAACUGAGCCUCUUGCCUUCAAAAUAAAAGCGUGAAAAUACACCAAUUGCUACCGAAUGACAAGAACAGUGAGUAAAUGGGGAUGGCGUGAAUUAAGUUUGCGUUUGCUAUAGUUAUAUCAGCUGUACUUGCUUCAUUUUAAUCAGUUUUCCGUGUUCCUGAAACGCUUAAGGUGGAGACAUUUUAUUUUGGAUUUUUAAAACACCGGAUAACGUCUUUGUUUAUUCCCGCGUGCUUGACUCUUGUGACUGUCAUCAACUUUGACUUUGACAUUUCAUGAGCUGCUACGCCUCCUUUGCAUUCAGCAAGCGGUCCAGACGAGGCUAUUAAUGGACAAAUGGACGAGCUUUCUGUUUUAAAUCACAUAAAAACAAUUGUCUUUAAAACGCAGAGUGAUAAAACCGUUGAGAUUAAUUUCCUGGCCCAGUCAUCCGCGGAUUUGAGUGUGUGCUCAUCCGGAUUCAGACAGGGGCUUAAAUCAGGUCGAUAGUGGAGGUAGUGGUCACUCCUUCCUCCACGUGGUCACUGUGUAAUGUUGAAAUGCUGAUACUGCAUGUUUUAAUGGUAACUACAGCAACCCCAAUAAAAGUCAAUAACAAACCAAAAGGCUUUAAUACCUUGUUCAGGCAUUGUAUUUCUGUAUGUCCACAUCAUCCACAUCCAUCAUUAUAAUCCUCUUACCAACAAGGAUUUAUGAUGGCCACAGGACCCACAUACAAUCACUCUGAGUGGGCUAUUCAUUUCUCCACCCUGACAAUACUGAUUUGCUUUGGCUUGUCCUCAUGCUAGGCAUUGUGUCGAUCACAUAGUGGCUUUCCAAAAAGGUUAUAACAUGCUUAAGCUUGCCUCCUUUGUGCAUGGAGUCUGAGAACUGAUGAUUCAACAUUUUUUAUUAAUCAUUUACUCAUUUACUUAGUCUAACCCCCAGCAGUAUUAAUUUAUAAAGAUAUAUAGAGGGAAUGUGUGUAGUUAUUUGUAUUAGUAGAGUUCUAAAGAGCAAUAUUUGUUUGCAUGUUUUUUUGCCUAUAAAAUGGUUAAAAUGAUGAGUCCAUUACCAAAAAUUAAUCAAUUCUGUGUAAUGGAAUAAUCAGCACUAACUCAUAAACCCUAACCCCUUUGCUUAUCUUAUUUUCCUUGUUAGAUAAUUUGUGACACUUUCUAUACAUCUGUGAUAUAUAUCAAUGUUUUUUAAUUACAUUUUUCCUUAAAGAUCAGUAUCUUAGGUGCAAGUCAGCACUUUGUCGGCUCAGCUGUGUGCUGCAGUGUUAUUUAUCCCACAGAGAAUACAUAAUAUAUUGUUAUGAGCCAGGUGUUCACGUGUAUACAGACACAUAUCAUUACACAACAUUUCCUGCCCUGUUUUUGUCCCCACUGCAUUUGGAAAUCAAUGAUACCAGUGUGUAAACACCCAAAGACAAUAACCAUUGUGGCGGGUAACAGGCAAGGGGUAACCACAAAUUUGCACCUGUUUUUGUAUCUGUGUACGGCGAUGUUUGUGUACUGGAGAGCUUUUGCAUGAGUGUUUGUCUCGAAGUACACAAACACACACACACAUUUUAGGGCAAUGUGCGAGUCUGCUGGAAAUCCCCAAGCCUUUCAGAGUGGCCGCUCUCUUCCUGCUCCUCAACUAGAAGCCUAUUGUUCAAUCUGUGUGUCCCUGUUGCCAUAGGAAACAAAGUCUGAAGCAUCCCAUAGUUUCCAUUGGCUACCUAUGACAUAAAUACACACAACAGCCGACAGCUGUGCUCAUGCAAAUUACGGAUAAAAGCUGAAAACAUAAUCAUGCGUACUCACUGAACUGAUAUCAGUCAAGUCAAUAUUGUGUGGCACUAUUUUGCAUUCAGGAUGCCAUUGUAAAAAAAUAUAUGCAUGCUGCAGUCAUAUUACAGUAUAAACUUUAUUAAUAGAACAACAUGACAGAAACAUUUUCCUUUCUCUGUUUGAUCUCAGAAGCCUGCCAUGUCCGGUCCCACCUGGCUUCCACCGAGGACUCUGGAUAGCCCAGAGCGAGCCGUCCCCCAGAUGUCUCACUCUGUCGGGUCAGCAAUCUACCGUGUCCCAAACAAGAAGGGGAUGUCCGACUUCCGGCCAAAAUAUGGUCCCUGUGACCAGAACGGUGGAGGAGGAGGAGGAGGAGGAGGAGGGAUGGCCAACAGGUACAUGGCUACUGGACCCACAGGUGGGCCCAUUCAUCAUCCGUCUAGCGAUCACUAUUACUCCCCUCCCCACGGUCCCAAAGAGGACCGCAACUGGAGCCCUCACAUGGACAGCUACGAGCUGAUGCAUCGUGGUCCUGAAAAGCCAGCAAGCUAUCACUCCAAAAUUGAUGCUGAUAUUGACUCCCUCACCAGUAUGCUCGCUGAUCUGGACAGCCACCCACAGGACACCAGCACACAACUGUACGACAAUGUGCCUUACAACAAAUACCUCUCAGGGGAUCACUACAAGCCUGCGCACCAGAGCGCGGCUCCUCCUCAGGGUCGGCCAUCCAUGGGCUACCCCCCUCAUCCCCAGAGCCAAUACCACCCAGCGCCCCCCUACCCCAGCGAGCACCAGUCACCUCAGUACUCCACUUCCCACCAGCAGGACUACUACUCCUCCUCUUCAACCCCUAAGCCCUACCCUCAGCCCGUCCCAGCCUCCUACACCACUGCCUCAACUCCUACUGGGCCCAGGUUCAGUGUCCAGGUCAAGACAGCACAGCCUGUCACCUACUCUCAGACAGGGAGACAGGCUGAACAGGCCUACACCCCCCCUCGCCAGCACGUGUCACGCCCCCCUCCCCAGACUCAGACAAGUCCGCAGGGCUGGUACCCACCACAUCCCAGCUCACAAGCUCAGGAGAUGCACUCUGAGGCCGGGUACAAGGGGAGCGGCUCAGGAUCUGGAGCAAGAGUUAACCAGGUUCCAAUGUCCAAGAGAGGGAUGGAAAAUAUUCAAACAGGGUCAGGGGCUGCACAGAGUCCUGCUUAUCAGUCCAGCAAGCAGGGGUUAGUUACAGCCAGGCCUGAGGAAGAGUUGGAUCGUCUCACCAAGAAGUUGGUAUAUGAUAUGAACCACCCCCCUUCAGAGGACUAUUUUGGUCGCUGUGCCCGGUGUGGCGACAACGUGGUCGGUGAUGGCAGUGGCUGCAUCGCCAUGGAGCAGGUUUUCCACGUGGAGUGUUUCACAUGUAUCACGUGCCACGCCCGUCUCCGAGGGCAACCCUUCUACGCCCUCGACAAGAAGAGUUACUGUGAGAGUUGUUACAUUAGUACAUUAGAGCGCUGUUCAAAGUGCUCCAAGCCCAUCCUGGACCGGAUCCUGCGGGCCAUGGGAAGGGCCUACCAUCCUCGCUGUUUCACAUGUGUGGUUUGUAACUGCUGCUUGGACGGGGUACCCUUCACCGUGGAUGCAACCUCUCAGAUACACUGCAUAGAUGACUUUCAUAGGAAGUAUGCACCUCGCUGUUCAGUUUGUGGUGAGCCCAUCAUGCCUGAACAGGGCCAAGAGGAGACAGUCAGGAUAGUAGCUCUGGACCGCAGUUUCCAUGUUAACUGUUACAUCUGUGAGGAAUGUGGUCUCCUGCUGUCCUCUGAAGGGGAGGGUCGAGGCUGUUACCCGCUGGACGGCCACAUCUUAUGUAAGAGCUGCAGCGCUCGCCGCAUCCAGGACCUCUCAGCCAAAAUCUCCACUGACUGCUAACGAACCUCUUGCGUCCACUCCACCUCCUCAGCACUCUCACUCUCACGAAUCCACGGACAGUCAACAUAUUAAACAUUAUUGACAGGAAAUGCCCCUGCUUUGUUCAGACUCAUGAGCUACUUUUUCUUUUUUCUUUCUUGGUUGCUCUGAUUAUGAGUUGACAUAAACUUUGCUACCCUCUGUUGGUAUCCAGCCGCAAUUUCAUUUGAACAUUUUCUGUGUUACUGUUACUGAUAAAUAUGAGAGAUGGAGAUCUGGUGGAGCAACCACCUCACUAGUUUCCUUUUAUUCAGAAGUCCUACUAAAUUUUCUUCAUUUUUUGGUACACAGCUCAUGUAGUUCAGUAUUAUCAUGACAGUGGCCUGACCUGCAGGCAGCUUGGGCUUCACUUAACAUUUGUCGGUACUGCUAAUUAUUAGCUUGCACAAUAUUAUCACUGUCAAAGACAAUGAAAGUAUGGAAGGUUAUUAUAGAUUUAGACCUGAAAAUGAGUGGGUUUUUUGCAGAGAAGAGGCAUAAAUGAUAAUUAGGAUGACGGGUUCUCUAAAUCUGUCUAAACAACGGGACCUGUACAUUUGUAAAAGACAAAAACAAAAAGUGCAGAACUGCCUCAAAACAAGCAUAUUAAAAGCACAUAAUGCAACAACUGUGACUGUACAUAACAGGCUGGUUUAGUUUGACAAUGAAACGGUUUCCAACUGUUUUGGAAAGCAUGUAGCCUUGUAGUGCAGUGGAUCUUUGCAGAGAAGUAGCCUCAUAGCACGAGAAAUGUAGACGAAAGAAAUGUGUAGUUAACUUUACAACCCAGACUUUUUUUUUUCUUUAGCUUUUAUUAAAGUACAGCAUUUGCUAGAACGAAUUUCUCAUUCAUCUCUACUCUCAAACAUUACAAUAUCAUGUUGUUUAGUUAUUAAAUUGAAGCUCAUAACAGGAUUUUUGCCUUUUUUUCUUUUUUUUUUUAAUCAUCCAGAAAAACAUUUUUGAAUGUCUACGAAAAACACAAUCUUGCUUUGGUGUGUUUAACAUUUGUUUGUUGGUUGAUACUUGACUGUUACAUUGAAGAUGAUGGUGCAAUGAAGUCAAAUGCUUUCUUCUGUCUAAGGAAAACAGGGUGUUGGUCACUUAUGUGGCUUGAAAACAUCCUAUUGUGUGAAGCUUGAGCCUCAUGAAGAGGUUGUGCCAUUUGGGAAAAGUAUGAAACUAAAAUUAUAUUGAAUUUAAAAGUAUAGUGGAAAAUUAAUUUACUUUACAAAUACUUUUACAUACUGUUAAUUCUUUACAUUUGACGAAAUAAAAGUGGAAUUUAACGUGAUGUAUUAUUAUCCCAAAAUUUUAUUGUGAUUUUGAAAUACAACCCUUUACUUGCUAAUUUGAUUUUUGUUCAUCCUUGCACUCGCAUGGGCCAAGUUGUCAUUCUCUGAGACUUUGGAGCUACAUUAUUUGUUAUGAUUGUGUCUGACCUCUGUCUCUCCGUCCUGAUUUUGUAUUUGUGUAACCUAAAGGGCUAGAAAUUUGAAAGCCUUACCUCAAGGAUGUCAUACAGUUUCAUAAUGAUUUUUUUAACCUGUUUUUUUUUCUUCUGUGAAUUAUGCUUUUUUUGUGUGUGACAGAACUUGAUCAUGCUAAAACGGUUCAGAGUUGCAUUUUCAUCUCUUAUUAAUUUAUCUCAUUAUGUAUAUACUGUAUUCAUCUGCUUUUUAUCAUCACGGUCAUCAUUUCAUUCAUGCUCAGAUGUGUCAAUUUAAAAAUCUUGACCCAUGCGAACUCUUGUGUCAUACUGCUUGAAUCGCAUCAUUUUGUUUCCGUUACACACUCAUCCACUUAUCCUCCUUUAUGUGUGUUCAGUUUGCAGUGCUGUGUGUUGGAGCUUGUAGAGCAAAGCUGGUACUGCAGCACUGAUGAAUUCACACUGAGAAGAAGGCAGUUAGUUACAUUCAUGGGAGAGCAUGUGAACACAUCCUAAUACAGGUUGUAGUAACAUAAUUGAUUAUUAAAAUGUCAACAAGUC